AUGUCGACCGGACGCAAGGUCUUCCGAUGUGCCGUGGACGAGACGGCCUUGUCCACCAAUAUUAGCGAAAUCAAGAAAUGGACCACUAAUGGUGCUAUCGACCUCGUGGUGCCUCUUUACACACUUGAACGACUCCAUGCGCUGAAGCGAGCGGGAUCACAGGUCGCCAUCAACGCCCGCGAAGCAGUUCGCUUUCUUGACCGGGUCACUUCCGGCAAGGAUCACAUCGCUGCCGACCGAGUUGUCCUCCAGGGCCCUAUGGAACAAUACGAGCGCUGGGAGGAGGCCGAGAAAUUCUUCCUGCCGGAGUUCGAAGAGGAGCCCGAGGUAGUUGACGAGGCACUUGACAAUAAAGAGCCAGCGACCGAACCCAGCGCCAAGGAUACUUUGACCAAGAACGAGUCGGACGAUCUGUCGCAAAUGCUCUUGUCCAAGCUGAACUUCAAGAAGGACCCGGAGGCUGUGUCGAUCACCUCCGUCGGCACCCCCAGCGGACCUGGAUCGCGCACAUCCUCUCGCAGCUCCCGUACCAGCCCCGAAUGCGCCCAGCACGAGUCCAGCAAUGGAACAGCCAAGAAUAACAAGGCCAAGAGCAAAGCUUCUACCCACCAGCGCACCACCUCCGGAUCCGUCAUCCCGACCGCGCCGCCCGCUCUGCGCCCAUUGCUGAGCGCUCUGCUCUGGCGGUUGCAUACCGGCCCCGAUGCAGAGAAUUCGGCCAAGACUUGCAUUCUGAUCUCCAAUGACCGUGCGACCCAGGUGUGGGCUCAAAAGUUUGGCAUUGGUGUCAAGAACAUUCUGCAGCUACGCACCGCUAUCCAGUACGAGGAACGUGAGUACAAAAACCGCUGCAAAUAUGUUGAGAAGACUCAGACCCAACCCGCCGAGCCGAAGACCCUGUUGUCCUACGAGGAAGAGAGCGACGAGGAUGAGCUAGCUGCUCCGAAGGCUGCCGCGAAGGCUGCGCCACCUCCUGUUGAGCCUACUAUCACUGUCGAAGUUCCUACCAAGCCUAUUGACCCGGACUCUUUCAGCCGGUCUCUGGGUGGUGCAACCAAGCCGCACACUGUAGACUUGAGCACCCAACAGGCUGCCACCGGUGCCACCGGUGCCUCCCGCGGUAAUGCUGGAGCCUCUCGUCGCUCAUCCAAUGGUCGCCGUGGUGGAUCCUCGCGCGGUGCACGGGGCAAUGGUCGUGGCCGUGGUAAACUCUGGGUUCCUUGA